AUGGGGCGACGACAGAAAGUGAAGAGCAACGCGGGGAACAGAAAGCUGAAGAGGGGAGAACGAGAUUUGAAGAGGCGAGGCAAAGACAUCGAUCAAGUCCAUGCAGAUUUGUUGAAAGGCCAUGUGGAUUUGCCAGUCGAUGACGACUUGCCGGGGAAAGGUCAGUUCUACUGCGUCUCGUGUGCGCGCUACUUCAUCAGCGACUCCGCUUUGCAGAUUCACACCCGAACAAAAGCCCAUAAACGCCGGCUGGUUGUCGCCCAGGAGACCCCGUGGACUCAUGAGGACGCCGAGCAGGCGGCGAAGUGA